UCUCCUCCUCUUCCUGCAUCCUCCUCCUUCAUCUUCCUCGACCUCUUCUUCUUCUCCUCCUCCAUCCCGCGACCGCCGCCAGACCCCGAACCCGUCUAGGAUCAUGGAGGAGGUGUGGAAGGACAUCACCCUCUCCUCCCUCCAGCCCCACCACCACCACCACAGCCCCUCCUCCGCUAGCCCCGCCUUGCGAGGGAACGGCCUGCAAGACUUCCUCGGGCGGCCCUCCCACGCGGACCCGGCGACCCCAGCCAACAUCGCUUCCCCCUCCUCUUCGCUCCCUCCUCACCACCCUCUCACCUUCUUGAGCCUCAACAACUCCGGCCCCGAGUUUCACUUCCUCGACGACUCGAGCCCGCUCGGGCCGAGCACCGCUCGGUUUCAGAGCCACAACAGGACGGGAAUGGCCUGCUUUAGCACUAACCCUUUUGAGGCUCUGGCGGACUCUGCUGACCCCGGGAAUCAUGGCGAUGUUGCCGCUUUUGGGAAUAUGAAGAAAAGGGUGUCCGAGAAUGAGGGCGGCUCGGGCGACCGGAGGCACAAGAGGAUGAUCAAGAACAGAGAGUCCGCUGCGAGGUCUAGAGCUAGGAAGCAGGCUUAUACGAACGAACUGGAACUUCAGGUUGCCCACUUGUUGGAAGAGAAUGCUAGACUGAAGAAGCAGCAGGAACAGUUGUGGGUGGCUGAAGCAUCGCAACUUCCCAAAGAGCACUCGCUCCACCGAUCGUUGACAGCUCCAUUUUGAACGGAGCAAUCCUCGCGCUUGACCUCAAACAAUGCCGCUUUUCUUUCUUUCUUUCUUCUUCCUUCUGGUUCCUAUCUGGAGUUUAAACCUAAGAACAGUUCCUUUCAAGUAGUUAUGAAAGAAGGGUAGUAAGAGAAAAGAGUGUAUUCGUGGAGGGUCAGGAAUCUUCCUUUUUAAGAUUGCGCAGGGGUUGUGUUGCUGUUGCUGUUGCUGGUGGGACUCUA